AUGACUGUCUCUCUUCUGCCCCCUCCUGGCAGCUCGAGGAACAUCCUGGACGACUUCAGGGAGGCGUACUAUUGGCUGAGGCAGAACACGGACGAGCACGCCAGGGUUAUGUCCUGGUGGGAUUACGGAUACCAGAUCGCGGGGAUGGCCAACCGGACCACGCUGGUGGACAACAACACCUGGAACAACAGCCACAUCGCUCUGGUGGGGAAGGCCAUGUCGUCCAAUGAGAGCGCGGCGUAUGACAUCAUGCGGUCGCUGGACGUGGAUUACGUCCUCAUCAUCUUCGGCGGCGUCAUCGGUUACUCCGGCGACGACAUCAACAAGUUUCUGUGGAUGGUUCGGAUCGCAGAAGGAGAGCACCCCAAAGACAUCAGGGAGAGCGACUACUUCACGCCUCAGGGAGAGUUCAGAGUGGACAAGGCUGGAUCCCCCACUCUGCUCAACUGCCUCAUGUACAAGAUGUCUUAUUAUCGCUUUGGAGAGAUGCAGCACGCCACUCUUUCCGCCUUCGCCGCCGUCUACAUCUCGAUGUACUUUAACGCGGUCCUCACUGACUCGGCGAAGCUCCUGAAGCCGCUGCUGGUCUUCUCCUUCGUGAUGCUCGCGGUUCUGGCCGGUCUCACUCGGAUCAUCCAGUUCAGGAACCAUGCUGUGGACGUGUACUGCGGCUGGCUGCUAGGGGGCGCUAUCGCUGUCUAUCUGGGGGUGUACGCUGUGGGGAACUUUCAGCCGAGUCAGGAUGGAUCCAGAGCUCGAGCGUCGGGGCCUGUCCUGAGGGAGCCCCCUCUGUCCUCAGUCCCCAACCUCAGCCAGAGCAUGAGCAACAGUCACCAAGGACACCACACCCUGGGCCCCGGCCCCUCAGAGCCCAUCAUCACCCGGACCUCCUCCCACUCCCUGAUCCCCAGCUCGGAGCUGCCCAUGCUGACCCGCAGUGCCUCGUACCGGGAGCCCUCUAUGACCAUGAAGAGAACCAGCGCUGAAGUGGAGCUGGUGUCUCCUCCUAGUCCCCUGAGCACCAGGGACAUCAGGGACAUGAGCUCCUUCAACAGCAGCACCCUGCCCAGGUCUCACGGCGGGUCGUCCCUGGAGGAGGGCCGGGUCCCGCGCAGACUGGCCUCAGUUCACGCCUCCAUGGACUCCACUCGCUCCAAGCAGCUGCUAAGUCAAUGGAAGAACAAGAACGACAGCCGCAAAGUGUCUCUGCAGGUGAUGGACGGGAUCCGACCUGUGCCCUGCCCGAGCCCACAGAGGAGCCAGGAGCCCCCGCCGCAGCCGCCUCAGCCGCCCCUGGGUCUCGAACCCCACCUGUCCGCCAUGAGCCCGCAGGACGCACACAUCCCCGCGCAGUACAUGAAGCUAGCGGCUAGCUCUGUGCCCAACCACAACCACAGCGGCCACCACGGGCAGAACCCCCAUGGGCAGAACCCUCACGGGCAGAACCCCCACGGGCAGAACCCCCACGGGCAGAACCCCCACGCGCAGAACCCCCACGGGCAAAACCCCCACGGGCAGAACCCCCACGGGCAGAACCCCCACGGGCACCAGGGACAGGGCAUGGGCAUGGGAGGGGUUCGUGUCUCGGUCCAGUCCCGCCCCGGCUCCUCUCAGCUCGUGCACAUUCCGGAGGAGGACAGCAGAGACCACAUCAGAGACCAGGAGAGCGAGUCCGAGGACAGCCUGAUGGACGGGGGCUCGGUCCGAGAGAAGUGGCUCCGUGUGGCUGAGAAGACCACCCUGCCCUGCCGACCUCUGAGUGCAGGCGGGCAGCCAAGACUCAUGCAGGUGAUCUCUCUGUCCAAACAGCAGGGCCUUCUCCACUCCCCGCGCUCGGAGGACGGUGGCAGCAGUCUGAGCUGCACUGGGUCAAUCCGGUACCGAGCUCUGACUGACCAGGACCCGUCUCCCCCCGCCUCCACCACCGGAGUCAUCACAGGAGGAGGUGGUCUGGAGAGAAGCGGCAGUAUCGUGCGUGUUGAAGCCCACCCUGAGUCCAAGUCGAAGCCGGUGGUGAAGCCUCCGAGCACCGACGGCAGCGGCUCGUGGCGAUGGAAGCCUCCAGACCAGCGACCGUCUCUGCGGCAGUCUGCCUUCAACCUGAACGAGUUGGGUCGCCACGGAGACAUGAACGAUCUGGGCCCUCCGGACGGCCGCCGCAGCGUCAUCGGCAACGAGAUCCAGGCCGAGCCGGGUCCGGACGGAGGCUCGUCGUACCAGAACCACCCCCACGUCAUGCACCCGCUUCACCCACUGCACCCGGGAAACAACCCCAACUACCAGCACCAGACCAACAACCAGACCAACCACUUCCAGAACAAUCCCAACAAUGUGUAUCACCACGGCAACAACCCCAGCACGUUCCAGCACCAGAGCUACCACCACCAGAGCGGGCCCAACAACUACCACCACAUCGGAGACUCAAACCCCAACAACUACCACCACGGCAGCGACCCAAACAACUACCACCACGGCAGCGACCCAAACAACUACCACCACGGCAGUAACUCCAGCAACUACCAACACUCUGAGAACCUGAGCCAGUUCCAGCAGCCGAACAACCAUUUCCAGAACUCCCAUCCGAACCCCGACCACAACAGCUUCCCUCACCCGGUGUUCCCGCCGGCGAGCAGCCCCAGCUUCCCCCCGAGCUCGCCCAACCCAAACUCACCGAUCCCUCCCCCCGCCGCCUUCGCCCCGCCGUUCCACCCUCACCCCCAGUCCCUCACCACCAUCCGGGUCACCCCCGUGGAGGCCAGCAGCGAUGGAGGCUCCGACAGUCAGUCUGUGGCCUCGUCCAGCCGGGAGUCCACCCUGAACCGGGACGAGGGGGGAGGAGGGGGUGGAGAGAGAGGGGGAGGGGCCACCACGCCGGAUCUCCACCGCACUCACGAGGAAAGCAGCCGGCUGGAGAGAGAGAGCAGCGUUCGCUUUCAGGAAAACUUGAGGAGUUUCCAGGAGAGCACCGGGCACCACGCUCUGGUGAACCGUCAGCUGCAGGGAAUGUUCCAGCGGGCAGGCCCCACCCCCCCUCCCACCCUGCCCAGGCCGGUCCUCACCCACACACCCCCCCCGACCCUGGGGCUGGCCUACAAGGAGUGA